GCGGUCGCUGCCUGGUGUGACAUGAUGCUUGGUAUUCCAUGCAGCAGCCUCCCACGCCCCGCAGCCACCCACGCCAGGAUCUGCGUCACGCAGCCGCGUGGGAGUGAGAGAGAAAUGUAGCAAGAGAGGAGCAACCAACUCGGAACAGUAGGGGAGUAGGGAUAAACCAACACUUAGCAGGUCCUGUAUACUAAACUUAUAUUGCCCACACUCGUUUUGCUUCUCGCCGUGAGGGGAGAAUUGAAGAGCAAGAAAGGAACGAAAGGUUGGAUGAGCGGUGCGAAGAGUUCUGCAGGGAUGGCGGCGGCGUUGCCCAGGACCCUGGGGGAGCUCCAGCUCUACAGGAUCCUCCAGAGGGCCAACCUGCUGUCCUACUACGAGGCCUUCAUCCAGCAGGGCGGCGACGACGUGCAGCAGCUGUGUGAGGCGGCCGAGGAGGAGUUCCUGGAGAUCAUGGCCCUGGUGGGCAUGGCCAGCAAGCCCCUGCAUGUGAGGAGGCUCCAGAAGGCCCUGCGAGACUGGGUCACCAACCCGGCCCUGUUCAACCAGCCCCUGGCCUCUCUCCCUGUCUGCAGCAUCCCUGUCUACAAGCUAGAAGCUAACGGUAAUGCUAACGCUAGCACCCACGUCAAAGUGCCCAAACUUCAGGCGUCAGCGUGUGUGGGUGAGCCCAGGAGAGGCGAAGCGUCGGCGUCAGUGGUGGGGGGCGAGGGGGGAGGGGGUUCGGCCUCAGGGUCUCCACUGCAAAGGGUCAGUGAGCCCCGCUUCUGGGCCUCCUUGUCCUCCCACGGCGGGGGAGGGGGAGCGGAGAGCGAGCGCAGCCUGUCCCCAGCGGAGUUGACCCUGGGUCUGGCUUCCCCCUCGUCCCCCCGCGGCGAGGAGGUACUAGAUGCCGCGGCGUUGCGGUCAGUGGUGGAGUGUGUGGAGCGGCUGGCCCAGGCGCUGCCCCGGAGCGAUCCGGCCGACGUGAAGGAGGGGCUGCGGGGCAACAAGAAGCUGGCCAAGAUGAUCUGCCACAUCCUGGACAUGGACGAGGACGACCCGAGGAGGGCGGAGGAGAUACGCAAGUACAGUGCCAUCUACGGACGCUUCGACUCCAAGAGGAAGGAUGGCAAGCAACUUACGCUGCACGAGCUGACAGUGAACGAGGCAGCAGCUCAGUUGUGUAUGAAGGAGGUGUCCCUGCUGACAAGGAGAGAUGAGCUGUUUGGUCUGGCUAGACAGGUCUCCCGGGAGGUCACCUACAAAUACACCUACAGGACCAGCAAGUCCCGAUGUGGUGAUAGAGAUGAGAUUUCUCCCAAGAGGAUUAAAACAGAGGAGGGCUUCUUUGACCUUCAGGAGGCCCUGCAGGCCAUCCACAUGAGACAAGAGACCCUGAGGGAGCAGCUGGCCACAGCCAAGUCUAAAGGAGAGGAGACCACAGGACGCAACAUCCAGCUGCAGCUGGAGCAUCUGCUGGCCAGGCAGAUGGAGAUCCUCCACGAGGCCAAGGCCCAGGACAGACUUCAGACCCUAGAGUGGAGGGUUCCUAUGGGGGGCUUCAAAUUUAGACACAGCACAGACCCAGAGCACCGCCACCAUACCAACGGAGGCUCCCCUGAUAACACCAGUCUACAACCAGGGGAGAGGCCACUGAACCUGCGUGUGGCGGGUCAAAGGUCAGAUGGAGACAUACCCCUGGGGAAACAGCUAGCCAAUGAGCUAAAGAGGCAUCACAGCAACGGGGAGGGAAAGACCCCUGCGACGAGUCACCAUGGCAAUGUUGAGGGCAAAACUUUGGCCACAGAAAAUGAGAACGGGGCCGACUUCUCCCAAGGGGCUCUCAACCUUUCCGACAAGAAGACCAUCAAAUCAGAGCCAGAGGAUUCCAGAUAGCACCUCUUCUCCUCCAACUUCUCCUCUUUCCUCAUCCCUCUCUCAUAACAUAGUCGUCAUCGGUCAAUACUAAAAAAGCACAGCUGCAGUAGAGCCUUAACAACCAAUGUUGCCUCAAGUAAAGGGAUUUUACUUUUUGUUUAUUUUUUGCCAAAGCACCUA